AUGGUGAAGGUUAAUUCUCCAUUAAGAAUCACUGGACCUGCUUCAUCAUUGCCAGGACAUGUCGGUUACAAGCCUGUUACAUAUGAACUCCGGCAACGUAAAUCUAGAAGUUACAGAGAAGACAGUUCAUCUGAAAAUGAUGAUGAUUAUCUAUUUUGUGAUGAGUGCAACAGAGAAUGGUUUGGUGAUUGUCCUUCUCAUGGACCACUUAUUCAUAUAAUGGAUACACAGGUUCCAAUGUACCCCUUAGACCCAGAAAGAGCAGCAAAAACGUUACCUAGUAUCUUCCGAAUAGGACCAUCUUCAAUACGAAAAGCAGGUUUGGGUGUGUGGACAACUACUUCACUUUCGCCACGUACAGUAUUAGGACCUUUUGAAGGAUCUCUUACUGAUACUGCUAAUGACGAAAGUUAUUGUUGGUUGGUCAAGGAGAAAGGUCGUCCUGCAGGAUUCAUAGACGCCAGUGACAGCAGCAUCUCCAACUGGAUGCGGUUUGUAAACUGCUCACGUCACGAGAGAGAGCAAAAUCUUCUAGCGUUUCAGUACAAGAGGAGAAUAUACUACCGCACCACUCGUCCUGUACUACCUAAUGUAGAGCUGCUUGUGUGGUAUGGUGACGAAUUGGGGAAAGCUUUGGGCAUUGACAAGAAGAAAUACUGCAUUGAUAAAAAGUGCUCACAAUUCAAGUAA